CAGCUUCCAGCACUGACUGUAGCUGCUGCCACUCUAACUGACAUUUCUUUUGAAUUCGGCUAUGGAGAGUGCCUGUGAUGCCAGCUGCUGGCUCUUGAACUUUUGUCCUUCUAUUCUUUUUGCUUGAUAACUGGUUAAUGAGACCUCAUGGAUAUUGAGAAAUAGAACAGAAUCAGUUCUCUCUUUAUGCUUUUCUUCUGUGGUGGUUUUUUUUUUUUUUUUUGGUUUGGGGUUUGUUUUGGUUUUUUUUUAAUGCGUGUGCAGUGGAAAAAGAAUAGAGUGAAAGAAGCACUUAUGUUUGCAUAAGGACUGUUUUUACAUACCCGAAGUUAGCUGAAUUAAUCCUGGCAUCCAAGAUGGAUAUCAAAUGUGCUCUGGAAGAGUGUUCAUUGGCACUGAACUUAUUUCUAAACAAUAAGUUCUCUGAAGCCCUGGAAAUACUUCGGCCAUGGUCUAAGGAUAGUAUGUACCAUGCCCUUGGGUACAGCACUAUUUUAGUUAUGCAAGCUGCUAUGACCUUUGAACAGCAGGAUAUACAAAUGGGAAUUUCUGCAAUGAAGGAAGCUUUGCAAACUUGCCAAAGAUUCAGGAAAAGAAGCACUGUGGUGGAAUCCUUGUCCAGUCUAGUUUCUAAACAGUCAGUAGAUCAGUUGAGUGAAGAGGAAAUGCAUGCUGAAAUCUGCUAUGCUGAAUGUUUACUCCAAAAAGCAGGUCUCAUCUUUGUGCAGGAUGAAAAUAUGAUCAACUUUAUCAAAGGCGGCCUCAAAAUUAGGACAAGUUACCAAAUAUACAAGGAAUGUCACCAGGUGCUACAGAUGACUCAGGGGAGCAAGAGCAAAAAUGAAACUUAUUACCAGUUUGAAGGAGGAGUAAAACUUGGAAUUGGAGCAUUCAAUUUGAUGCUGUCACUCCUACCAGGAAGGAUCCUUCGACUUUUAGAAUUUAUUGGAUUUUCUGGCAAUAGGGAGUUGGGCCUCAGCCAGCUACGGGAAGGCGCAUCUGGCAGCAGUUUGAGGGCCAUUCUGUGUACUUUCACCCUGUUGGUUUAUCAUACUUACAUCUCCUUAAUCCUUGGUACAGGGGAAGCCAACUUUCAGGAAGCAGAUAGUCUCCUUGAACCCUACCUCCAGAAAUUUCCAAAUGGUUCCAUUAUUCUAUUUUAUGCUGCCAGAAUAGAUACACUGAAAGGAAAUUUGGAGAAGGCGCAGUUGAGGUUCCAAGAGUGCAUAACAGCCCAGGAACAGUGGAAACAGAUUCAUCAUCUCUGUUACUGGGAACUGAUGUGGUGCUACACCUUCCAGCAGAACUGGCUUCAAGCAUAUCGGUAUGCAGACCUGCUCAGCAAAGAGAGCAGGUGGUCUAAGGCGAUAUAUGUGUUCCAGAAGGCAGCGAUUCUGUGUAUGCUGCCAGAGGAUGAUUUGAAAAGGACUGGUGAGGACGUUGUAUCUUUAUUCAGACAAGUGGAGGGUCUAAAACAGAGAAUUUCAGGAAAAUCUAUCCCAACUGAGAAGUUUGCAGUAAGAAAAGCUCGACGCUAUGCAAGUUCUCAACCAGUGAAGCUGAUACUGCCUGCCUUGGAGAUGAUGUAUGUCUGGAAUGGCUUUGCAAUUGUGGGCAAAAGGGGAGACCUCACUGAAAACUUACUGGUAACAAUUGAAAAAGAGGAAGCUGCACUAGAAAAUGAAACUAAUCACAGUGAAUACUACAUGGAUGAUGUGUGUAUGGUACAGUUACUAAAGGGCCUCUGCCUCAAAUACUUGGGAAGACUCAUGCAAGCUGAACUGUGUUUCAAUAAAGUAAUUCAAAGUGAGAAGCAAAUAAAAUAUGAUAGCUACUUGGUGCCGUUCACCCUGUAUGAGUUGGGUCUUCUGUACAAGCAACAGGAGGAGAGAGAAAAAGCAAUAAGAUACAUAGAAACUGCAAAAAAUAACUACAAAGAAUACUCUAUGGAGUCCAGGUUGCACUUCAGAAUUCAUGCAGCACUUGACAGCAUGAAUGUGUCAUCUGCUUCAACACCUUGAAUGAGGAGGGAUGCUUUUCAUGCAGACAAUAGCCUACACAAUCUUUUUGCAGUCUUUUUUUUAAUCAUUGAAAGGAAGCAACCUGAUGGUUGUUUUCUGUCAUGUCUGAUUUGAUGUAUGUCAUUCCUUUAGACUGUCCUUUUUUUUCAGUAUAGUGCAUAUACUGUAUCUACUUGCUACUUUAAAAAAAACCUUACGUUUUGUCUGAUAAAAAUAAUUGAAUUUUUGACUUGAAUGGGGAAUAUUUAAAAAAAAUGGUGGUGCAAUAAAGUUUAAUGCAAACGUUUUAUUUUUUUAUAAGAAAACAGAUGCUGGUUAUGCAGUGGAACUGGUGAUAACUUCUGCAUUUUUUAAAGGUUUGAUUUUCUGCAGUAUACUUGAGACCUUUUUGCCUCUGGAACAAAAAUGCAAUGUCUGCAGAUGUCUCACCCACAUUUGGCAUACCAGGUUCUGAAAUUUAUGUUCCAGAGCAAAAAAUUAAUCAUCUUUGACUUUAUGUCAUUCUGGGAACAGAAUUAACCUGUCUCAGUGGCAUUUUUACACUGUCAGAUAAAGUUAAGCAGGGCUAAAGGCAUAAUGUCUUUGCAGGUCACUCAGAAUAAGUUAUGUGGUAUUUUUCAGUCAUAGAAAAGCAGGGCUGCUGCUCUUGCAGAAUCAAGAGUUUUAUGUCAUUCCUGACAUAUUUGUUAAACCUGUUAAAA